UUAGAAAAAGAAGAAAAAAAAAAGAAAUCCCCUGAGAAGACUGUCCCUGAAAUAAAAAAAGCAGAGCCAGUAAAAGAAAAGCCUUCAUUUCCACCUUUAAAGAAAGAAGGUGAGAAAGAACCUGUCAUGUCCAAAGAACCUAAAAAGCCAGCAAAAGCUCCCGCAGCCAAGCCAGCCACUAUAAAAGUAGCAGCACCAGUUUCCAAGACAGCAGCAGCAGCUAAAACAGCAGAAGAAUCACCCAAGAAGGAAAAGCUGGUGGAAACUGCCAAACCAUCAAAGAAGGAAAUACCUGUAGUACCUCUAAAAGUACCUGUAUCUGGAGAAAGUCAUAAGGUAAAAGAAACUGGACAAGACAAAGAGGAUGUUGUUGCGGUUUCAGCUAAGAAAGCAGUACCUGUAAAGAAGGAAGAAAAAACAGUGAAGGUAAUGGGGCAAGAUAAACCAAAGCUGAAAGAAACAAAACCUGUAAAAGAGAAAGAAGUGAAAUCUCCAGCUGCAACAAAGGAUAAAGAGCAUAUCAAAGAAAAGGAAGUAAAGCAUCUUGCAGCUUUAAAAGAGCAUGUAAAAGAAAAAACUGUGAAGACACCAGAAUUUCCAAAGGACAAAGAGCCUACAAAAGAAAAAGAAGUGAAGACUUCAGUUUUUGUCAAAGAAAGAGGGGCCUCAAGAAAACAAGCAAUGAAGACUCCAGUUGUUGUCAAAGAAAAAGGUAAAAAUUAUUUGUCAAGUUAUGCCAUAACUGAGGCCCUGAUCCUGAAAUCAGAUCUCACUCCCUCUGUGCAGACACAAGAGCCCCAACCCUCAAAGGCUGUGAAUGCUGUGGGAAUCCAUUAUAUGGAUCUAGCAGCAUUUGACAUGUCCCAAAUGUUUGCCUUCAAGUGA